AUGGCGAAAAUACCUUCUGACUUCUACUCCGUUCUCGGAAUCAACAAGGAUGCUGACUUCGAAGAGGUUCGCAAGGCAUACCUGCGAGCAGCCCUGCGAUGGCACCCAGACAAGAACCCAAACGAGAAAGAUCUUGCGGAGGCAAUGUUCAAGAGAGUGGCUCAGGCGUACAAGGUGCUGAGCGAUGACAUUCUGCGUUCACAGUACAAUGCCUCCGGCGAGAGCGGUCUCGGACGAGACUGGUGGCCAGAUGAUCCUGACGCAAGCCGAGACAUGGCCUACCAGUUCUUCAUCCACCGUGUGCCCGGGAAAGCCCUGGCCGAGGGCUUCAGCGAGGCGAAGCUUCGAGAAAUUUUCCCACAUCUCUUCAGACGAGGGGAAGUACUGAACGGUGUAAGAGGACAUCAACGCAGUCCCCUGUGA